GACAAGUGACUUGACAAGAAGAGUAGAUAGUUUGCUUUGCCAAAGCUAUAGCAUAAUAUUUUUAAUUUUAAUAGAUGUAGAAAAUAAAGGUGUCAUUUGAUUAUUUACUCCGAUUAUUUUCACCGUGUAAUUAAGGUUAGAUUAGUACGAUCUAAUAUGCAGAACAACCCCCAGGAGCUUUCAUGGCAGGCAAUACAGGCUAUCGUGGGGGUUAAACUUCCUCCUAACGUACUUCGCUUUGACGAUAUCGGAUUCCAUUUAGUGAAUAAUUCUGUAUCAAGUGCAGAGGAUUCAGAUUCCGAUGUGGAAAUUGUUGAAAAUGACUGGGAAUCUGAUAACAACGUAUCUUCGAAACCCGAACACUCGGACAAUGAAAAGACAUCGCCAGACAGAGAACAGAGUGAGUCGCCUGUUCUACAUCUCGUAGAGCCUGAUAACAAUAACUCAGGUAAAGGCUCAUUAGAUUACAAAGAUUUUUUAGAAAAAAUGGAUACCAAAGAAACAUCUGACAGGGAAUGUUUGCCCCACACACCAAAUGACGACGUCGACUGCUCUAAUGGAAAUGUAAUGUCUAUUGAAAAUUAUCUGGAGGUCACACUUUCUACUGAAUCUGAGACUAGUCAUACUUGUGGCCAAUGUAACCAAAUGUUUUCCAGUGAACAGUUACUCUCUUCACAUAACUGUAGUGCCAAAUCCACUGAAGAAAAGAAGUACCCUUGUCAUGUGUGUGCAGAAAAGUUCCCUAGUUAUUGGGAGCUCAGGAAACAUAUGAACAGUCAUUUUCCUGGGAUGCUUGACUCUAAAUCAAGCUUUUGUCACCUUUGUCAAAAAGAUUACACAAAAACUGGAUUUAUGAAUCACUUGCGAAAGCACACAGGUGAAAGACCGUUUGUUUGUGAAUUGUGUCACAAGGCAUUCUCGCAGUCCAGCUCCCUGUCUAUACACAUGAAGUUCCACUUGAAUGUCCGGAAACAUGCCUGCACUGUUUGUGAGAAGAAGUUUGUAACUAAGAGUGAACUGUCCCGCCACAUGACUGUUCACACCAAACAGAAGUCAUACUACUGUGGGGUCUGUGACAAAGCGUUCACUCGUUCUGAUAAUAUGAAGAAACAUGAAAAAACUCAUGGAUAGAUCCUGAGUGCAAGUCAAGUGAAGAAUGUCAUGUCUCACUACCAUACACUUUCAUGCUACUGUUUUUAGUUGUAUAUGAUGUAUUUUACAACUGCCCGAUUCUCUAAUUGCCAAAUAUUUAGUUUUUAGAUUAUUAUUUAAAUCUUGCAUUGUUUUAUACCAAAUAAAAAAAUAUGAUCUAGUUCAUAAUUUUAGUCAUUAUGGUGUGUCUAUGAGAGUGUUCACACUCUGUGUGCUACUGUAGUUGCUUUUUCUAUUAAGGAUUUUAUUUAUGCGAUGUUUUAAUGCAUGUUUGGGUAAUAUUAGUUUUAGUAAAAUGCCUAUACAGGUGCUCUACAAUAAGGUCAUACAUAUCUCAAUCCAAAGUUGCCUUUUAGAUUAUGAUAAGGUUUCAACAGUGUGUGUAUACAAGUUGAAUAUCCUGAAUUUUAGAGAUAUAUUUUGUAUUUACAUUAGAUAAUUCAGUCUUUCAAAAAAUUUGAGGCCUUCUAUUAAAUGUCACAAAGUAAAAUUUGUUCCUGCUACUUUUACAAGCUUUAAAUAAUGUAGAUAUAUUAUUGACCUUAUGAGGUAUUUAAAUACCAGUUGUAAAGCAAACCUAAGCCAAAUUUUAGAUAUUAAGUAUUUCAAGUGAUUUAUAUAUGAACUGUGUUGUAACCAAAGCAAUAAUAUUGUUAAAUGUGCCUAUUUUUACACAAGUAUACCAAAUCCUUCUUAGAUAUUAGAUUAAUUGAACUCUAUGUAUUUACUACAAAAGGUACAAUGUUGAAAAAAAUCUGAUGAUCUUUAAAAAGCAAUAAAUUUAUUCCUUUAAAUGGUCUCAACAACAAAGUCUAAAUAGGCAAUUUCGAUCAAAUAGAAUAAAUUUUAAUUUAAGUAUAGAACCAUUUUUAAAAUGUUUCCUAGAAAUUAACCAUCACAAUUCUAAAUGAAAUUUUAAGUGUUGUUACUAGUAGUUAUUAUUAGUUAUUUUACUGUGUAAAAUAAUUUCAGGCACCAAAUAAUUUACUAUAUUAUACUAAAUCAAGAAUCCAAAGAUAAAAUUGGCAAAGAUACCAAAGUUGACUAUUAUUAUUACUGUGCCACUUCGAUUUUAUAAACUGGUUGUAGAAUUUGGUCUAAUGUAUAUCUAGCUGUAGGCAAUAAUCAUAUUUUAAUAUAUUUAUUAUUGUAUUUAAUUAUUUAGAUGUUUAACUGCAUGACUUGUUCAUAGAUUUAGAAUUUGAUAAUGAGCCAAAUAAGCAAAUUUUCGCAAAAAUCUACAAGACUGACAAUAAUAUUCAGAGUAGAUAUUAACUCGUGCACAAACAUUAUUUAUUGAUAAUACGAGAAAUAAACAAUUUUGUAACUAUUUAUCUAAAAUGCACCUUGUUACUCAACAUGACAAUUAGAAUAAGGGUAAUCAUUUAAUAUGAAUUAUUUUAUGGAAAAUUGUAAUAAUGUCGAUUUUAUUAAAGAGUUGUUUGUUGAAA